AUGAAAUUAAUAUUUUCUAUCAUCUUUUGUAUUCUUUUAAUUGGUGUAUGCUUUGGAAAUGAAAAUGAAUUGGAAAAUGUAGAGCAAGCCAAUGAUUGUAUGGCUGGUCUAUUCAAUUGUAAUGGAGUAUGCUACAACCCAGCAUUCUCUAGUUGUCAAUAUGGAGUUGUUUGUUAUCAAGGAACAAUCUAUUGUCAUCGAACCGGUGGUUGUUAUAAUCCUGCCUAUUCCCAAUGUUAA